GAGGAUUGGACAGCGGUUGUUCGCUUUGAAGUUCUCCUUCAGAUCUACAAUAUUUGAAGUGUUCAUGGUAGAGAGGAAUGCGCGUUGAGAAAGAGAACGGAGUGCUAUUGGGACUGCUUAUGCGUAUCUGGCGCGGACAUCCGCGUUUGGGAUUUCUUGUUUUUUUCUAAUUUCCCUUAUCCCAUAUUUCUCUCAGUCUUUCCGCUCGUAGACGGUUCUAUUUUGGGGUUUCUUUCCCUUCUUCCCCUCCUUCCUGACAGUAGCAGCGGUGGAGACUAGUAUCCUUUCUGAAAAAGAAAUAGGAGAGAAGACGGAUCGGGGUUGGGAGUGAUGAACCGCAGACGACAGAGCGUUCCUCUAUUGCUUUAAGGCUAAAAGACAAUCACCCGCUCUGAUUUUGCUGGGACGACGCAAGGGUAAAGAAAGGCUUCGCUUGGAUUACAAAAAAAAUAAAUAAAUAAAUAAAUAAAUAAAGGGCGCGACAGAAGGGCGUACAGUUUAUUGAUUUUGUAAUGCGUACAUAAAUGCUUUCUGAAACAUUCCACACCGCUGCCCUCGCCCGAACCCUGCUCCGCCUCGCUCCAAAUGAACGAUUCUCCUGGUGAGUCUCGAGCACGUACAGGCAGUCAGACACCCGGACGGACCAGCGGCGACAGUGACGGCAGCAGAAGCGAGUGUUCCUCCAAGGACCUCAGUACUAAAAAACCUGCGGCGACUGCACUCCCCCCUUCGGAUCCUACUCGCCAGGCAAAGCGGCUGCCCAUUCGGAUUCUCAAGAUGUUGACCGCGCAUAGCCACUUGCUGCACCCGGAUUACCUCCAGCCGCUGACCUCUGCGCCAGUAAGCAUUGAGCUGGAUGCCAAGAAGAGUCCCCUGGCUCUGCUGGCUCAGACCUGUUCUCAGAUCGGGAAGCCAGACCCGCCUCCCACCACCAAGCUGGGCUCCAUCGCCUCCAGCAGCCUGGCGGACAAGGACGGCGGCAGCGGCCAGUCCUCGGGGUCCAGCCUCAAACACGGAGGGGAGCAGCACCAGUCCCUGGAGGACAAGUCCAGCUUCAAGCCGUACUCCAAAGUGGGCGGGGAGUGCCGGAAGGACGGGGCUGGCGGGAACGGCGGGGCGGACAAGGCCGGGUUCCGGGUGCCCGGCGGCGGCGGCGGCGGCGGCGGCGGCGGCGGCUCCGGCGCGGUCUCUUGCUCGGCCUUCCCCCCGCACGCCGCCUCCCCGAACUCCAGGACUGGCUCCGGCUCCGGCUCAGGCUCCGGCUCCGGGUCUUCCCCGCAGCACGCCCAGCUGCAGCCGCACAGACAAGCCUCUCAGUCCCCCCUCACCCUGCCGGCCCAGCACCCCCAGGCCCUGCACGCCAACCCCAAGCCAGCAGGGGGCGACUCCGGCAACACGGACGGCGGGAGCGGGGGUUUGAAAAAGGAGGCGGAGCCGUGCAAGUCGGCGCUGGACGGCGCCCAGCUGGCCAACUCCAGCCACGCCCGAGCCAGCGCCAACUCCAGCAACGCCAGCUCCGACGGCAGCCCGCACCACGACUCGGGGAAGGCCGACUCGAACCCCUCCCAGCAGCCCGGCGGCCUGGGGGCCGGCCACGUGGCCCCCGUCUCCCCGUUCAAACCGGGCCACUCCGUCUUCCCCCUGCCCCCCUCCAGCAUGGGCUACCACGGCUCCAUCGUGGGCGCCUACGCGGGCUACCCCUCCCAGUUCGUGCCUGGGCUGGAUCAUACCAAGUCUGCCCUGGUCGGAGGGGGGAUCGGGGUCGCGGGGAAGCACCCCAGCUCCAGCCCGCUCACCGGAGCCUCGCCCCCCUCGUUCAUGCAGGGCCUGUGCCGGGACCCGUACUGCCUGACGUACCCCAACGCCCCCCACCUGGGGGGCAGCAACUGCACGUCCUGCGUCCACGACCCCUCCGCCCUGAAAUCGGGGUUCCCCCUGGUGUACCCCACCCACCCUCUGCACUCCCUGCACCACAACGCCCUGUCGUCCAGCGUCACCCCGUCCCUGUCCCACCCCCUGUACACCUACGGCUUCAUGCUGCCCAACGAGCCCCCCCCCCACGCCUGCAACUGGGUGUCCGCAGGGGGGCCGUGCGACAAACGCUUCUCCAGCUCCGAGGAGCUGCUGGCCCACCUGCGCUCGCACACCGCCCUCUCCGGCCUGGACAGCGGCAAGCUCCUCUCCGCCUACCCCUCCUCCAUCUCCUCCUCCGCCGCUGCCUCCUGCCACCUCCACCUCCCUCCGCCCAGCUCCCCCGGCUCCUUCUCCCUGCGGGCCCCCCCGAGCCUGGGCCUGGCCCGGUACCACCCCUACGGCAAGGCCCACCUCCCCACGGCCGCCGGCUCCCUCCCCAUGCACUCCCUCCAGGCCUCCGCCCCCUACUACUCCCCCUACGCCCUCUACAGCCAGAGGCUAGGCUCCGCCUCCGCGCUGGGCUACCAAUGACAGGCGGGGGGCGGAGCCGGGCCCACAGUUGGAUGCAUUCGCCAGGGAGCCGCACCGGGUUGAGCCAGGCCCCCGCGGGGGGGUGGGGGAGGCCAUCGCCGGAUUGGACCGUGCUUGCAGGCUUAUUGGAGCUGGGAUUCCAUCUUGCUCUUCCACCGGGGAUUCUUAACGCCCCAGAGGGGUGCUCCCAAAGAUGAGGGUGGGGGGGGGGGACACAGCGGCGAGGAGGGACGGUCCCGCAGAGGUAUCCUGGCGACGCUUGGCGAGGAGGAAUACCAAGUGGAGAUGGUCGCAUGCAAGUUUGACUCUUUGAGUGUGUGGGAUUCGUUUUUGUUUUUAAGAUUUUGAUUUAUCUUUUUUUGGGGGGCUUUUUUUUCCUCCCAGACUGACAAAGUGUAUUUAUUUUCAAUGGAGCGCUUGGCUUUCGAGUUGGGGAAAAUUUUUAUUAUCCAAAAUGCAUUGUUCUUAAUCUUAUUAUUAUGAUAAUUAUAAUGAUGAUAAAAUAUUAUGCUUAUUAUUACACUUUUUUUAUUAAAAGUUUUGUGGUAUGCAACAUGGCAAAACAUGAACUGCAAGCUUCUUAAUAAGGAAAAACCGCCCCUCCCCUUUCUUCCACCAAAAAAAACUUGUAUUCUUUCUUUUUCUAGAAUUUUCCUUCCUUUUUUUAAUCCAUCCUUCUGCAGUCCAGCGCCCCCGCCUUCUGGUGGGGUGAUGACACGCAUGUCCAAACAGACAGGGCUUAAAUAAAAUGCCUUUUAUUUUUGAUUUAAGCAGCUGAUAAUGAAAAAAAAA